UGCCCACGUGACUUUCGACAGGUUCAGAACCAGCAUUUCCUCAACCAGAACCAGAAACCAUAUGGCCCAGCAGCAGGUCCAGUCCAAGGAAUGCCUCCACGAUUCAAGAAAGGACAGCUCAAUGCAGAUGAGAUCAGCCUCAGACCUGCUCAGUCAUUCCUCCUCAACAAGAACCAGGUACCCAAGCUCCAGCCACAGAUCCCCACCAUGAUGCCUCCCAGUGCCCAGCCCCCCCGCACUCAAACCCCACCUCUGGGACAGCCUCCACAGCUUGGCCUGAAGACCAACCCUCCGCCCAUCCAAGAGAAACCUCAGAAGACAAACAAGAAACCACCUCCUGCUAGGGAAGAACUGCUUAAAAUGACGGAGGCGAUUAUGACUGAAUACUUGAACAGUAAGAACCUGACUGAGGCUGUGAGCGGUGUGCGAGAGAUGAGGGCUCCCAAGCACUUCCUGCCAGAGAUGCUGAGUAAGAUCGUCGUGUGUUCCCUGGACCGUCCUGAUGAGGACAAGGAGCACGCCAGCACUCUGAUCCACACACUCCGCACUGAGGGCCUCAUUACUGGAGAGAACUUCAUGCAGGCUUUCCUCAAUGUCCUGGACCAGUGCCCUAAGAUCGAGCUGGACGUGCCCCUGGUGAAGUCCUACCUGGCCCAGUUUGCGGCUCGGGCCAUCAUAGCAGAGCUGGUGAGCGUGGCAGAGCUGGCUCACCCCCUGGAGAACGGCACCCACUUUCCCCUCUUCCUGCUCUGCCUGCAACAGACGGCCAAGCUGAAGGACCGUGAGUGGCUUACUGACCUCUUCCAGCAGAGCAAGGUCAACAUGCAGAAGAUGCUUCCAGAGAUCGAUCAAAACAAGGACCGCAUGCUGGAGAUCCUGGAGGGGAAGGGCCUGAGCUUCUUGUUCCCUCUGCUGAAGCUGGAGAAGGAGCUGCUGAAGCAAAUAAAGGCAGACCCCUCUCCACAGUCCAUCUACAAGUGGAUUAAGGACAACAUCUCUCCCAAGCUUCACACCGAUAAAGGCUUUGUCAACAUCCUCAUGACCAGUUUCCUCCAAUACAUCUCCCAGGAGCUGUGCAUGACGGAGGGUGAUGAGCAGCUGGCGGCCCCCUCCAAAGAGCAGCUGGAGCAGGAGAAACAUCUGUUGCUGGCCUUCAAGCCCGUCAUGCAGAAGUUCCUGCAUGACCAUACGGAGCUGCAGGUCAGCGCCCUCUACGCCCUGCAGGUGCACUGUAACGCCAGCGGGUUCCCUAAAGGCAUGCUGCUGCGCUACUUUGUCAACUUCUACGACAUGGAGAUCAUUGAAGAAGAAGCCUUCCUCGCAUGGAAAGAAGAUAUUACCCAAGAAUUCCCUGGAAAAGGAAAAGCUUUAUUCCAGGUCAACCAGUGGCUCACCUGGCUGGAGACAGCGGAGGAGGAGGAGUCGGAGGACGACGCAGAUUGAGAAACCAAGCAGAAGCAUCAUGGUGUAGAAGAUUGACCUUAUCUUAUUACAGUCACUUUUCCUUUAUUAAAACUCCAUGCUUAAUUUAACCACUACCAUGUGGCAGUCAGCUGCUUCUGUCUUGCAAAUGUAAACUGAAAGCUUGUACCUGUAGGGAAUCAUGUGUUACCACUGGUACAGUGGAGAUAGGCUGAGAAGCAUCAUUUUGAUCUGUUGCCUAAUGGAUGUUUGAUUUUGGAUCUGUGUCCUGAUCAGCUACAUGAAUUCUGGAGUGUCUCAAACAUGUGGUGUUUUCUUUUUGCUCUUACUGUAUUAAGUUUGUAACUUUUUUUUCACUGUAAGCAUGUCUUUCAUUUAAAUUUUUACUGAUUUGAACCUUCCCCAAUAGGAAACUGCUUUAUUUAAGAAAGUAUAGGAGUUCCACCUAAAUAACUAAAUUAGUGGUGGUCUUCUCUAGUAAAAAGCAUGAGACUAUUAACAAAAUCUCUUGUCGGUGACCUGCUUUGUGAUCCAAAAGCAGGUGUGAUCACCCUUUGCCUUGUGGUCCAGCCUGGAUUUCCUUCCAUCACACUCAUGUGAUCCUUAAAAAUAGAGGGGAUUAAAAGAAAUCACCAAACAGGCUGCAGAUAGAUCCAUAUAGUGAAAGAACAAGACAAUAUGUGACAUUCAGUCUUUUUUUGAGAAAGUGUGGAGAGCAAGAGAGUCCACUGAAGUCAGAUUGAAUCAUAAGCUGGCAAAACAUUAAAUGGUUUAGUCUACCUAAAAGCCAAUCUUUUUUUUUUUGUGAUUGUUAACCCUCUUUUGUUAGAUUUCCCUCUUUGUUGACUUUUAUUACAUGAGUGGUUGCAAUACUCAUAAUCCUCCAAAUGUUACAAUAUUUUUAAAAAGUUGCAAUCAUUGGUGUGCCGCUGUAACGUUUCAAAGUUGCCUGUGUUUCUACCUCUUAGUUAGAUGGGCUUUGGUUAUUUUUUUUGUGCUGGGAUAAUGGAAUCUACUAAGAAGAACCUAGAUCCCAAGCACAUGCAAGUAUUGGAUUUAAUCUUAGCCUAAUUGCACAAUAAAUUUAUCAAAGCAGUCUCUUCCAAUGAAGCUUCACAUGGUUUACAAGUAUUAAUGUUUAAGAACAGAAAAGGCUUUUUAUUAACAUGACGCGCCGCAUCCUUCUUGAGAAAUGUACCCGUUAAAAGGUGGGGUUUCGGGGUUUCGGCUCGCCCAGAAUUUGGAAUGACACUGUGAAUGUGGCCUGUUUAAUUUUGAUUGCUCAACAAUGAAAAUGAUACAAAUGAAUUUGUAAUGCUUUUCUUAAAUUGACAAAAUAUAAGCAAACCCUGAAGAUAGGUUGUGAUUGAACCCCUCCCCCCCUCGCCUCACUAAAAUAAGUAACAUUAAAUGAAUAAGAAACAUCGACUUUUACCUAUGAAUUGUGCUCACAAGCCAUGUUUAUGUACAAGGCAAUAGAUUUGGAUCAUAUUGCAAGGUAUUCGAAAUUAUCGUGCACCUCUGUUGCUUUAAUAUCAAUAAAGUCCAGUACAUGAGCACCAAAA